AUGGAGAUGGCAGCUAAUGCAGGGGAAGAUGGUUAUUUUGGCAACGGUGUUCCUAUUGCGCAGACUUUCGAGGACUAUUUCCGGUGCUAUCCUGUGGAGAUGAUGCCCGAUGCUAGUAAUAAGGAGACGGCUAAUUAUGGAGGCAAGGUGUUUCUUCCUCAGUCUGCAUUACAUAGGCUUACAAUGAUGAACAUCAGAUAUCCAAUGUUGUUCAACAUCACCUCUGAGUCUUCGGGUAAAUCCACUCAUAGUGGAGUGUUGGAAUUCACUGCUGAAGAAGGUAGAUGCUAUAUGCCGCAGUGGAUAAUGGAUACGCUGGUGGCAGAGCCCGGUACUCUAGUCAAGGUACAGACGACGGAUUUACCACAAGGUAGUUUUGUCAAAUUGGAGCCCCAAUCUGUGGAUUUCCUAGAAAUCAGUGACCCUAGAGCCGUGUUGGAGAACGCUUUACGGAAUUUCGCCACUUUGACUGUAAAUGACAUCAUCGAAUUGCAUUAUAAUGAUCAGAUAUAUAAGAUAAAGGUGUUGGAGGUGAAGCCAGAGUCUGAAAGUAACAGUAUCUGUGUUAUUGAGACCGACUUGGAGACAGAUUUUGCUCCUCCUGUCGGUUACGUCGAGCCCGACUAUAAGAAACAGAAGGAAGAUAAUGCCAAGCUUCGGCGUGAGAAAGCACUGCAUGCACCGUCGUUAAGAGGUGAAGGUUCUAUGGCCAAGCAAAUCAAUUACAGCAAGUUAGUUAGCAAAAACGAGAGUCAAGGUGACGCUUUCCAGGGAACUGGUGUCAAACUAUCGGGAAAGAAGGUUUCUAAGGAGGCUUCUGAUAUAGAAGAGAUCAAAACACCCGAUCUUACGGGACCUCCAAAGCAUUUGGAUUUACCAGAUGGAUACUUGUUCUUUGGUUUUCCCGUGGUGCCCUAUAAAGAUGAGGUGGAAGAGGCGGAAAAACAGCGUGAACAGAGUCAGGAUCAAUUAUUCAAGGGAGAAGGUCAUACAUUAAGGCAUGCCAAGAAGAGAAAGGAUAAAAACAAUGCACAAUUCCCAGUCAAGAAUAAGGCACAUUCUCCCGAUACCAUAGUGAUAGAUUGA